AAACAGCAAAUUCCUGACAUAUUAAAGAAGGGAUUUAGAGCCAAACCUUCUGGCUUUUGAAACCCGCGACUCUCUCUUUGUUUUGCACAACGGUUCUUAAUGAGCUAAAGGUCAAUAUAUUCAGAUGGUUCAGCAUACGAUAGAUUCUAAAACCAAUGAAUAUGGGCUUGGAACUACUGAAGCCGACUUGUCUGUGCAUGAUAAGCAGUCAUCAGUUCCUAUAAAGAAGACAGUUUUAAGAACGCUGCAAUAUGACAAUAAAGUUGCAGUGCCCAGCUCUGCCGCAAGCUCUUCCCCGUCUAAAGAUAAGAUACCUAAUACUGCCCCUAGAGUUUCUGGCACCAAAAGACCUUUAUCUGAGUGCCAGAUGUUCCCUCCUGAACUGAAACCCCACAGUACUAGUUCUGCACAUUGUUCUCUUGUCUAUGUUCGUAGGAAAUCAGAAGCUGACGCAGUCAGAAGUAGCACCAACAAUAAUUCAAGCAUUAAUGAUGUUGGUCAGGUGUCGAGGAAACUUAGCACCCAAGAGGAGAAAACCGGAACGGUAUCCCAAACAAAGGAGCCAAAAAUUCAGAGUUCCAAUGAUACUGGAAACAAUAAUGCUGAUUCUGAAGUGAUGAGAAUAAGCCACCAAGAGGCAGACCCCAGACCCAUAUCCCAAGAAAAGGAGCCAGAAGUUCAGAGUGCUAAUGACAAUGCAAACGUUGAUGCUGAUUGUGAGGUGUCAAAGAUAAUAAGCCACCAAGAGGCAGGCACUGGAUCCGUAUCCCAAACAAAAGAGCCAGAAGUUCAUAGUGCUAACGGUAAUGCAAACGUUAAUGCUGAUUAUGAAGGGGAGAGGAGAAUUAGCCACCAAGAGGCAGGCGCCAGACCAAUAUCCCAAAAAGAGCAGCCAGAAGUUCAUUCUGCUAAUGAAAAUGCAAGCAAUAAUGCCGAUUUUCAGGUAUCAAGGAAACUCAGUAAUCAAGAGGCAAGCACCGGAUCAAUAUCCCAAAAAAAGGAGCUGGAAGUUCAUGUUACUAAAGAUAAUGCAGGCAUGAAUGCUGAUUGUGAGGUGUUGAGGAAAAUUAGCCAGCACGAGGCAGGCACCGGACCCAUUUCCCAGACAAAGGAUCUGAAACUUCAUUGUGCUAGUGAUAAUGCAAGAACUAAUGGUGAUUGUGAGGUAUCGAUGACAGUUAGCAACCAAAAGGCAGCCAUUGGACCCAUAUCCCAAACAAAGGAGCCAAAAGUUCAUUUUGCUAAUGAUAAUGCAAGCAUUAAGGCUGAUUGUCAGGUAUUGAGGGUAAAUAGUCACCAGGACGCAAGCACCAGACCCAUAUCUCAACCAAAGCAGCCAACAAAUCAUGGCAUUCCGGAAGUUGCACCUUUUCCAAGAGACGCUACCGCCAUCCCUCCUGGAAAACCUUCAGUUUCUCUGCCACAUAGUAAAUCUGAUGUAAGAGGGGCGCCGGCAGGAUCCAAUUGCCAACCCCUUGCUUCUGCUACCCCUUCAUUGGGUAAUUCGAAGGGACUCAGAAGUAUGGAUGGGGAAGAGGGGUUUCAUCAACUGCAUAUGCUAUUGAGCAAAUUGGACCAAUCAGACCAUGAGGAUUAUCUCAAGAUGCUGCGGUCACUCUCCUCGGUUGAACUAAGCAGACAUGCGGUUGAGUUGGAAAAGAGAUCGAUACAGCUCUCACUGGAGGAAGCAAAAGAGUUGAAGCGAGUUGCGAUCUUGAAUGUUCUGGGAAAACCUACGAAGCCUUUUAAAGUGCCCCUCAACUCUUCAAGAAAGAUCUGAGAAGUAAACAAAGACCAGGGAAUAGGGCUUAACUGUGGUGAUGAUUAAAUUGCUGCUGGGUGAAAGUGUGCCUAUUAGUUUCUUUACCAUCGGUUCCAUCUUGUGCAGUUGUUAAUUCUCCAGUUGGUUUGCGGGUAUUUACUGCAAGUCUGUACUAUUUCACUUAUGAAUCUGCAGUAUCUUUCACCACCCUGUAGCCAAAGCUUCUGAAAGUAUUGAUAUGUAACUGUUGAAAAGUAAAUAGAAAAAGAAAUCUGUCAAUUGCUUUGCAUUAAUUC